CAAGGAUUAUGUUGGACCUCACUGUGGAAUUCAUUACACCUGUAAACAACCUUCAAGGAAACUUGUACAAUCAAACUUCUCCCGUCUUCUCUGGUCUUCAUCUACAGUGAUGGCUGAAUGGAACUGGGUGGCUUACACAAUACUAGAAGUGCUGAUUGCUGUGGCUUGUUGCCUUGGCAAUACGUUGGUGGUGUGUGCGGUGUGUGUUGGCAUCCGGGAUUCCCUUCGGGAGCCAACGUUCUGCUUCCUGGUUUCCUUGGCAGUGGCAGACUUCCUGGUGGGUGUGGCCGCAGUGCCCCUGGCUAUACUGUUGGAUGGCUGGGUGAAUAUGACCCCUGAUCUGUGCCUGCUUCUCAGCUGUGUGGUGCUUGUGCUGACGCAGGCCUCUGUGCUGUCCCUGCUAGCUAUUGCUGUUGACCGAUACCUUCGGUUACACACGCCGCACAGAUACAAAGCAGUGGCCACACAGCAGCGUACAUGUUUGGCUGUGUCUGUGUGCUGGAUACUUUCAUGUCUGCUGGGGUUCACCCCUCUGUUUGGCUGGCACAACUACUCCACUCUAGCAUCUGAUUCCACAAAUACAUCUUCCCCUUCCUUCAUCUCUCCACCCUGCACCUUCCUCUCUGUUAUCUCGCUUCCUUUCAUGGUGUACUUCAACUUCCUGGGAUGUGUCAUGGCGCCCCUGCUGGUCAUGACUUUCCUCUACAUUCGAAUCUUCUGGAGCCUGCAGCGCCGUUUGAAAGACAGCAGUCCUCAAGCCCAAGCCUCUUUGCUCAGAGAGAGGAGGCUGGCCUGCUCCCUGGCUCUGGUCCUCAUUUUGUUUGGUGGCUGCUGGAUUCCUCUGCACCUGAUGAACUGUCUGCUGCUGUUUCAUGGUCCUAAAGCUGUCACACAGGGGACACUAUAUACAGGUAUUCUCCUGUCUCAUGCCAACUCAGCUGUCAACCCUGUAGUUUAUGCUUACCGCAUCCCAAAGAUCCAACAGGCCUACAGCCAAACAUGGAGUCGCCUGAUGAGGUUAAACUGUUGCCAUGGGGACAAGCGAGUUCGCCGGUCAAUAACGGGCCACAAAUCAUACAGAGAUGACAGAGAUGACGAUCAGGAGGGAAGGCUACAUCCUAACACCACAAAACAAAAAUCCACAGUGAUGUUUUAAGUGAUGUUUGAGAUUUGAGUUUAUGGGAAUUUGUGCCAAAUGUUUUACACACUCAAAUCAAACAAUCAUUUAAUGCUUUAUUACAUACAGUAUAAUCAUGUAGGCUGAGGAAAUGCAGGCACUAGGGUGAGUGUUUGAAUUUGUGAAAUCAGUAUUCGUAGUGUUUGGUUUGAUAUAAAACCUGCACUCUAGGUGUGCCAUGGCGUAUGAUUGACUACCCCAUCUGCAAACUUUAUUCUAGUCAAAGCUAUCUCAUGUGUCUCCACUAGAGGGGUCUCUAUACUAAUAAACUCAAGACUCUGUUGCACACAAACCAUGAAGCCAUCACACAAUCACACUUGGCAACAAACUAUUUCAAGAUCUCAUCUUGGACAACUGAUUUGAAGAAAGUACAACUUUAUUGACAUGUACAUAUUUUUAGGUUAGUCAUGUGACAGGUUCAAUCAGUCAAACAUUAAUCCUUUCCAGCACAUAUACCAUACCUGCUCCUUUUUUGUGAAAUGGAAGAAUAAAGGUGGCAUUUAGACGUGACAGUGUGUUGAAUAUUCACGUGUUCAGUGAGCCCCUCAGGGAAGGCAAUAGACUGUAUAGUUAUCACCUGAGCAGGGUGCAAUCCCACCCACCAAACUAUACAACCUACUACCUCACCCUGACAGAGCCCAAAUUAAAUACACCCCACAUAAUUAACCUGUUCUAGCAGAAACACUGCUUGUCACAGCUCAUUGUGUUGAUUGCUGCAAGCAUAUGUUUUGACUGGAUGGCAUGAUUGCCCAUCUGCAGAUGACAGUCGGUGAGUGGCUGACUCAGCUGUCUCCUUGGGAAAGACAGUAGAUUGUAUAGUUAUCUCAAAAAGAGGUUACAAAACCCCACAACUAUUCAAUCUACUACCUCAGCCCCAAGGACAGCAUCCACGUUGCUUCAGCAUCAAAGAUCCACAAAGGUUAUA